AUGGCUUCAACGCGCGAACACGUUCCAUGUUCGAGCUUUGUAAAGCUUGAGAAUAAUACAGCAAGAACGAAUAGCGACAGUUCCAGGUCAUCAACAACUUACAAAUCAUGCGAGGAAAAUGAAGUUAAGGUCAAUCAUUGCGAGGAAGAUUUGCCCCCAGCUGAUGGCGGCAUUCACGCAUGGCUCUUUCUACUUGCUUCCACAAUGCUAGAGGCACUUGUAUGGGGAUAUGCUUUUGCUUUUGGGAUCUUCCAGAACUAUUACAGUGUGCAUAAGCCCUUUAAAGGGUCUGAAAAUAUAGUCGUUAUAGGAACCUGCGCCAUGGGUUUGGCAUACUUGGUUGCCCCGAUGGCAAUUAUUAUGAUGAUAAUGCUUCCCCGUUUAGCGCCAUGGGUUUCAACAAUCGGGGUGGUGAUGGUGUGUCUUUCACUUGCGCUCAGCUCAUUUGCCACAAAUGUGACGCACCUUAUUAUCUCACAAGGAAUAGGAUUCGGUAUCGGCGGAUGCUUUGCAUACACCCCGUCUGUUUUAUACAUGUCUGAGUGGUUUUGUAGAAGAAAGGGACUGGCAUUUGGAAUUGUCUGGGCGGGGUCAGGGAUUUCUGGUGUCUUAUUUCCUCUCGUUAUCGAAUGGCUGCUUGGUAAAUAUGGCAUCGAAACGACCCUUCGAAUCUCCGCUCUGGCUCUCUUUAUUCUUGCAGCACCUUUCCUCUACUGGCACAGACCUAGACUGCCACCACUCAAGACUGUCAACCAUGAUCGACUAAACUUCUACUUUUUGGGUAGCAGAGUUUACAACAUAUAUCAACUUGGCAACACGUUUCAAGCACUGGGAUUCUUUCUACCAACCAUAUACCUUCCAACAUAUGCUCGCAGUAUUGGCGCGAAUGAGGUUCUGUCUUCGCUCACUGUCACGCUCUUUAACUUGACUUCGGUGCUCAGCUCCGUUCUUGUGGGCUUCCUUUCUGAUCGAUAUCAUGUCACAAUCCCUAUUCUUAUUACAACGAUCGGCUCCGCACUAUCAAUCCUUUUCCUUUGGGGAUUUGCUACAUCCAUUCCGGCUUUAUAUAUUUUUUGUAUCGCAUAUGGGCUUCUGGCAGGCGGGUAUUCGUCAACAUGGUCAGGGGUAGCCCAACAGAUUCAACGGGCGAACCCGAUGGCAGACACGACCGUCAUUUUUCCAUUCAUGGAGUUUGGCAGAGGAAUCGGCAAUGUGGUUAGCGGCCCCCUUAGUGAAGCGUUGCUCAGAGCGGAUACUUGGCAAGGCCGCGCACAGGGCGCGUAUGGAAGUGGCUACGGCUUGCUUAUUAUUUGCACAGGCGUCACUGCUUUGUUAGGUGGUGUUUCUGUCGUGGGACGAAAAUUCAAAUGGGUAUAA